AUGUCAGUUAUUGCUGCCUCAACAAAACAGGUGUCAGCAGAGGGGAUGAAUGUCACAUCAGCACAAAAGAAUGUCAAAACUCUAGAACAGACUAGAACCAUUGAGGAACUAAACAAGUCUCAAGGCAAGCUGGAAAAGAUGAAGGAGAAGGCUGAGAAGCAGCUGAUCUGUGUCAAAUCAGAACUACAGUUUACAGAGCAUGAAGCUAAGGAGGAUAAAGAAAGGGCCAGGAGUAUGCUAGAAGCAGUUACCAGUGAACUGAAGGCACUUAAAACAACCCUGGCAGAGGUAUCAAAAAGAGAAAGGCAGCUGGCAGAGUUCCGUGAGGUGGUCUCGCAUAUGUUGGGCCUUAGCGUUACCAGCCUUGCGCUUCCUGACUAUGAAAUCAUCACACGUCUCGAGGGGUUGAUCCAUUCUCAUCAGCACCAUUUUGUUCCCUGUGUCCUCAAAGAUGUGGCAGUGAGGCAAGAUGAACACUCGCAACGCCACUUACAGCUUCUUCACUGAACAGUGCCUCUUUGAGAGACAGCCGGACAGAACUCAGCUGGCUCUUAUGCUGCUGUUCAUUUUCAACACUGAGUCCUCAGGGGAUUGUAGAUGAUUUGAGAAAAUAUUCCUAUAACCAUCUGUUUCUAAAUGUACAUGUAGAGUGAAAUCAUGCCUCCACUGAAGUCAAGAGGAGGUUAGCAAUUGCCUUCAGUAGAGCUAGGAUUUCACCCACUGUACCAGCAGUGAAACAAAAUACAGAAAAGGAUCCAACCUAAAUUUUAAUUUCUUGCACUCUAGACACAGAAGUAUUUUUAAUAAGCAAUAUUUUUAAUACAGCGAAUAGGUGUCUGUUUCCCUGUCCAGGAACAAACAUGUAAUUCCUCCUACUGUUAAUGACAGUUAUCUGUACAAAUUCACAUAGGUUGAUAAGAGGCAAGCCAUAUCACCCCCAAUAUAAAUCUUGUACGUGAUCAAGGUCUAUGUGCUCGAUAGACAGUAUGUGAGCUAUAGACCUGCCUCUGCUGCAUGGUUCAUAGGACAGCCAGAUUGUGAAAGUUCUGUUGGGCAGAUAAGAGAGGUAGCUAUUCAGUUACAUCCCCCAACCAACACAUACCUCACUCUCAUCAUUGUUAGCCCCUCUGCAGCUUAAUUGGGUGGUGUAAAGCCAGAGGAUAUGAAGUUAGGAAGCAGCAUGCUCUCACCUCAGAG